GCACUUUAUUCGCCAGACAUUUAUCGAAACGUGCACAUCUCCAGCGGUCGCACACUCAGAGUACACACAUCCAUAUAUUGCUGAACAGCCAAUAUAUCCUUCGAAACGAAAAAAAAUCAUCGCGAGUGCAAAUCAAAAGUUUUCUAGCUUUCUUUAUUUUUCCAGUGCGAAAAGUAAAGCAAUUGCAUCCAUCCAACAGAGAGAUUAUCCUUUCGCAAACAAACCAACAAACAAACAGAAAUGGCCGCCUACGCUGCUUUCAAACACGUUGAGCUUUACAAUGUUGGCAAAGCCAAAAAGAGGGUGCUGAGGCCCCCAGGCGGCGGUUCGAGCGACAUCUUUGGAUCGGAGAUGCCGCAGACCCCCAGGAACGUGAAGAAUCGCAUGGCGUCCAACAUAUUCGCAGCCGAGAAAGAUAAUGGAGUGAAAAACAACGUACGACAAGGAGCUCACAGAUUCUAUUUCAUUGGUGAUGCACCACGUCGCGGCCAGAAGACCGUCGACUCGCACAAUCGGCUAUUUGGGGAGCCCAACCGCCCGAUCACGCCCGGCAAGAACCACAUGAAGAGCAGCAUUCCCUUCGGCGGGCAGAACUCAGAGGCAGCCGCCGCCCAGAAGCUGCUGACCACCACCAAUGGCCACUACAACGGCAAGAGCGGAUCGGUGUCCUCGGCCUCGUCUUCGGUCUCGUCCUCGACCGAGAACCUCAAGAUGAACAGCGGCUCAAGAUCAGAGGGAAACCCUGUCACAGGCGAGGGCUACAAGGCAGGAGCCAACGACUUCCACCAGCGCCAGGAGUCGUCCAAUGGCGGCACUCCGGUGAUCAACAAGAAUCGUAUUCCCCCAGGCGGCUACUCGUCGGGACUCUGGUAAUGACAACACACGAGUUGCUCAGAUCCCAGCACAAGCAAUGGAAGAGGAGGAGGAGCGGCCCGUUGGCGGGAAGAGACACCAUAAGAAAAACCAACAAAA